AUGAGCUGCCUGAGACACAUCCUCCUGGGAAUAGCGGAACAUUACCAUCUCUCAAAUUUUCUAGAGCAUAUCACAGAUGAUGUUCUGCACUCCCAGCUCAGUCACACUGCAGAUACAGGCAACUGGAUGUACACACGAGGACACCAAGACCAUCCUCAGUUAACUAAUCCAGUUAUUCACCGAACUAUCGCUUUUUGUGACUUGUGGCACGAGCUGCUUGGUUUUAAGGAUGACCCUCCAAACCUCCAAAGUGCCCUCUUACUCCAAGAAGGAUUUACUCGCAAUGGAUCAUCUCCAACAAAGACUCUGGCAUUGGUUUGGGUGCAUCAGACACCUCUAGCAUCCAUCCCCUCCCAGUCAUAUUACUCCCUACUAUGUAAUAAGGCUCUUGAAGCGACUCAGCCUUGGAGUGAGGUACUCAUGUUGAUUGGGAUGCUGCUCAUCCCUAGACAGGGGAAUAUAAAGCAACUCUGUGAUCUGUUUGCAGAAAUGCUCUCUGAUUUACUCAAUGGAUUUGUUCAAAUUGAUCAUAUAUUGUUUCCGGACGAGUAUCUGCAAAUUGUACAUCCCACUCCCACCGAACCAGCACACCUUACCUACCAUGAUCUGCUUUCCACCCCUCAAGGUGUCAUCAAGACUUUGGAUGACUGGAUGGCAUCCACAUCAUCAUCUUAUUUUGACCCAGCCAUUGAUGAGUUUGCUGAUCAGUCUGUCUAUAACUACUGGGGUACUACUAUCGCCUCUACUACCAAUGGUCUUGACGAGCUAGAAGAGCUCUUUACAGAGGAACCAAACAAAGCACCAUAUGAGGAACUGGCCCUCAGUGGUUUCUAUCCAAGCCUCGCACAGAGAGAUUCUAAUGGUCUUGGGUGUACAACCUGGAUCAAGGCCAACAGCAUCAAAUACUUACUUGGCCGCGAAGUGAAGGGGUCAUCCUGGAGGAGAGUAGGAGAAUAUCUGAACUCAUUCAAGAUUUCACCAGUGGACGUGCGACACCUGAUUAGCAAAUGUUUCCUUACUGUGCUAAAUAUGGUCUCUAAGGAUUACCAACAGAUGCUGAAUGAGCCAGAUGGCUUCAAUCUAUGCCAACUCAAAGGCGGGGUUGAGGAAGGUCGUGAAAGGUGCAAUGUUGCAAUGUUGCAUACAAACUUUGGUGGUUCGGUUUCCCUUGGAAAGAGGAUCAAAGACUUAGUAACUCUUUUCAAUUCGAGCCAUCUCAGUCAAGAAGCGAUCUUCAAUCUCAUAAUAAAUCAAGUCUUUAGAGAAUUACUUUGGGCCUCGCUCCUUCAUCCUGUCAGCGACUUAGCAGAUGGGAGACAUGAUGGGUGCAUAGCCAAUCUCUUUCCAGAACAAAUUAUGUUAAGGUCCAAUUGCUUGGUGCAAAAACCAACAGGUAAUCUUAUGACCUUGAUCUAUCAGUUAAUGUAUAAUGGCAUGAAAGAUGAAGACCCAGGAAGUGUCGCUAGCUUCCAUAGCCCCGACAUAAUGAAUGCCAUCAUGUCAGCUCUCAACACAAUGUAUACUCAGCCGCAUAGGUUUGAAGCUUUCACAGAAGCAAUAAGGCAACUCCCAUUCCUAAUGUCGAAUAAUGUCCUGCCCAUUGGCCCAAAAACUGGGAUUCCAAGACCCAUUGAGAAAGGAAAGGCAAAGAUGUGUACUUCCAAACUGCGGGGGCUGUAG